UGGCGGUAUGGUCGUGAAUGACGAACGAAAAUGUCGCCGACACCCGCCUCAUGGCGACAUACAAGAAGUCCAAGUUCUUCUAUGAACUGGACAAGAUCUGCGCUGUUCCCAAGCCAUCUGGGGAGUGUGCGGUGGACCCGUUUGAUGAGAUGCUUGCGAAUACACCACACUUUGCAUCCAUCCAUGCUUUUGUGGAAGAGUCCCAGCGCGAGGAGGAGGACCUCGUCGAACAGAUUGGCAUCGAAGAGCCCCAUCCAUCAGAUGCACCCGAGUUCUCUUCUCCCCAGACCCAAACGCUGCUUCUGCCUGUCACACAGACUCAAAUUGUGGCCGACAUCGUCCCUGAAACAAUGCUUGAUCGUACUUCAUCUGCGUUGGUCGAUGGGAAAUCGACCUCGAACGACAAGGUUGCCUCCGACAUGAUGGAGAUCGUACCUGAAACCAAACCAAGCGAAGGCGAAGCCGCACUAGCUCUUCCCCACUCCAUUCCUGUUGCAAUUUCCCCGACCACCGUAUUGGAACCCCAUGCGUCGCCACCAAGUGCCCACAACGACGACACUUCCACUUCGUUGGACGAAUCCUCGAUCGUGCCAUCCAUCUCGUUCCAUGUCGACGACAGCCGGGACUUUGUCGGAGACGCGUCCAGCUUGUACGUGAACGACAGCUUGGCCGCGUUUCCCCCACUUCCACCCACUCCAACUGACGAUCCGCCCACCCCACCGACCCAGCAGGCCGUCACCACCACCACCUUCCUUCGUCCUCGCAGCCGUACGAUUCCUGUCGCUUCCGCCGCCGACUAUUACGACACUGACCACAUGGCCGAGAUCAUUCCAUGUUGGCUACUCGGGCCCCGUUGCCAGCUCCACGACCCGCACCUCCCGCACCCCCAGCUUCUCUUUUACAUCCAAGCGCUGGAUAUGUUUCUGCAUGCAUCCUCCACUCCUUCCUUGUCGUAUCUCCGCACGGCGGUUGUCGUGGCGCGGCGGGUGUUUGUCGAGCUGUGGCACCGCCACGUCCUCACGACGACGUCCUCCUCCUCCGAUUCGGUCGUGACCUUUGACCUGGAGCAUUAUUUAACCCGCGGCAACACCCUUCCCGGCGUCUGCACCCCCGUGUGGCGGUACUUAGAGGCGCAAUGGCACGUCCAUGAGGGCCGCGUACUGCACACGACGUCGUUUUACGCGCAACCAGCAUCGGACACCCACCAGCAGUCGCCGCCCGAGUCCCUUCGCCCAACCAUUGAAGCGCUCCGAGCCAUGCAAUACUACGGACACCGCCACGCCUGUGCCUCGUUGAAGGCGCUGGUUCCGCACUACAUGCAGCAGGCCACCGACUCGCGCCUCCAGUAUCGGCACGUCGUCGCAGCCGACGACAUGCACUUGGCAUUGCGAGGCCUGCAAGCCAAGCUCAAGUGCCCCGUGAUUCCCAUGGGAGCGUUCCGACGUGGAGGGGUGUUCUUGUCGGUGCUGGACGUGCUGGCAAUCAUCACGUCGUCUGUGACAUCGAUCGUGUCCCUCUUACAGCAGGUCAAGGUCCUCGAAUGCGAUACCGUGCACGUUACGUCGUCGCGUAUCGUCGCCCCCAUUCGCUUCAAAACGCAUCACAUACUCGUGGACCUCAAAGUGUACGCGCAACCCGCCGCCAGCUUCGCGAUGCUUUACUUUACCGGUCCGGCAUCAUAUGUUGCGUCGACGCUGUUGGCGCCGAUGAUGAUGGAAGAAGAAGGGCGGGUAGAGUCGAGAGAGGUUACCUUUGACCUCUGGUACACGUGGCUGCUGCGGAAACACGGAGCCGACGUCCUGCACACCACCGUCACGGACGAAGCCAGUGCGUGCCGAGUGUUGCAGAUUCCCUACAACCCCCCGAAGGAUCGGCUGGUGUAA